UUAAGGGAGUUCGUGUGUGGCUUUAAUUUGAUUGUUUCUUCGUUUUUUUUGUAAUUAUUUGUAUUCUUAACUUUUCUUUAGUUUUAGGUUUUAGCUUUUUGUCGCUUAUUAUCCCUGUUAAUUUAAAGAUUCUCUUACCACGAGACAAAUCAUGGACCAAAAAUUGAUGUUUGUGACAAUGAUGCUCUUGGUACUCCCUUCCGUUUCAGCAUUGGACCACUGGGUCAAAGUAAAUCAUCAUCCCGUAUGUUUCGGCGCGAGGGAUAACCGGUAUGGCAGUUUCAACGUCCCUUACGGUGGCAAGAUAGCCGCAGUUAAACUGAUCCACCUUAGCGGUUACGUUAUGUGCCAGACUGGCUUCAUUUCCUACUGGUCAUUCUGGGGCUGUGGAAACAAUCCUGCAGUAAAAAAUCACGUCAGUCUUGCCAUAACAACGUCAAGCAAUGUCCUCCUUAUGCCACCAAACCCGUUUUUCACGUACGCUGGGGGUGCUGGAAAGUGGUCCGAGUUACCCGGACAUAACUCGCUUUCUCCUGAGAUUAUCCUGCCGCGUUUCUCUUCUUACUCGGUGAGCUCGGGCCAAGAGUUGCGACUGUGGUAUGGUGAGGAUUUGGUGGGUCACACUGAAAGCGACAAUGGAGGAUGGGUCUGCUGCAAUGUUUACACUCUCUAUGUCUGAAAAUAUAAGUCCUGACAAGACUGCCGUUAAAAGGUUUACGCAGAUUUUUCUGAAACGAUUUAAUUUGUUUAUUUCUUCGCUUUCCAGGUUUCUAGUAACGUAAUUCUAAUAACGUAAUUCUAGUAACGUUUAGUAUUCGAGAUAUUGCUUUACGUCUGGAGGGAAAGGAAAAACGGAGAUAGGAAAUGUGUAAGGCUCUAAAAUUCAACAGUGAUUAAAUGACAAUAUCAUUGUACACCAUAGAGCACAUAGAGUACAACUGUGUUUGAACUAAGUGAUUAGAUGGCAAUUUUAUUGUACACAUAAGGCGCAUAACGAGUUAAUUUUGUUUUAAUUUGAGCAACUAAAAUAAAGCGAAGCCAUUAGGCAAA